CUCCCUUUAUUUUGAAGGUACCGCUUCCUGUCCUGGUUGGUGUUGCUGACGGUCUCCAGUAAAGAUGAACGCUCCUCCAGCCUUCGAGUCUUUUCUUUUAUUUGAAGGAGAGAAGAAGAUCAGCAUCACCAAAGACACCAAAGUCCCUAAUGCCUGUUUAUUCACCCUGAACAAGGAGGACCACACACUAGGGAACAUCAUCAGAGCUCAGCUGUUGAAAGAUCCCCAGGUUCUGUUUGCUGGUUACAAAGUUCCUCACCCUCUAGAGCACAAGAUCGUCAUCAGAGUUCAGACCACACCUGACUACAGUCCACAGGAAGCGUUCACAAACGCCAUCACUGACCUCAUCAGCGAGCUCUCUCUGCUAGAGGAACGCUUCCGAGUCGCCAUCAAGGACAAACAGGAAGGGAUCGAGUGAAGCCCUGCUUACCUGAUGAAGUCACUUCCUGUUUGUAGCCUCUGCUUUUGUUUGUUUAUGUUUUAUAAAUAAAGUUUGUGAUGUCACAACA